CCCUGCGGCGCGGGGGGAGGGGCGGGCUGGGCGGGACUGGGACGUUCUGGGGGGGACUGGGACGUUCUGGGGCGUUCCGGAGGGAUACUGGGCUCUACUGGGGUAUUCCGGAGUGAUACUGGGCUAUUCCGGAGUGAUACUGGGCUGUACUGGGAUAUUCUGGGGUAUUCCGGAGUGGUACUGGGCUGUACUGGUCUGUACUGGAAUAUUCUGGGGUGAUACUGGGAUAUUCCGGAGUGACACUGGUCUGUACUGGGAUAUUCUGGGAUGAUACUGGUCUGUGCUGGGGCGUUCUGGGCUGUGCUGGGCUAUUCCGGAGUGGUACUGGGCUCUAUUGGUCUGUACUGGGAUAUUCUGGGGUGAUACUGGGAUAUUCCGGAGUGAUACUGGGCUGUACUGGGACGUUCUGAGGUGAUACUCGGCUGUACUGGGAUAUUCUGGGCUGUACUGGGAUUAUUCUGAACUGAUACUGGGCUGUACUGGGACAUUGUGGAGUGUGCUGGGACAUUCUGGGCUGAUACUGGGGUUAUACUGGGCUGUACUGGGAUAUUCCAGAGUGAUACUGGGGUUAUUCUGGGCUGUACUGGGGUGAUGCCGGGGUUAUACUGGGGUGCAAUGGGUUAUACUGGGGUGCACUGAGCGCUGCCUGCCCGCACUGGGUCAUACUGGGCCGUACUGGGCCGUACUGGCGGCUCGGGCCGUGCAUCGCGUCAUGGAGCGCUUCGUGGCGGGGAUCCGGGCGAGGCUGCAGGAUCACAUCCAGCAGCACCAGGAGAUCCACGUGGUGAUGGGCAACGAGGCCUGUGACCUGGACUCCACCGUCUCGGCGCUGGCCCUGGCCUAUUUCCUGGCCCAGAGCUCCCCAGCCCCCGGGGCCGCCGUGGUGCCGGUGCUGAACAUCCCCCGCGCCGAGUUCGCGCUGCGCGGCGAGACGGCGUUCCUGCUGCGGGAGCGGGGCGUCCCGGCCGCCGCGCUCGUGUUCCGCGACGACAUCGACCUGCGGGCGCUGCACCGCGCCGGGCUGCUCUCCCUGACGCUGGUGGAUCACCACGUGCUGCCCGGUGCCGACGCUGCCCUGGACGAGGCCGUGGUGGAGGUGCUGGACCACCGGCCGCUGGAGCGGCGCCGCGCCGCGCCGUGCCGGGUGACCGUGGAGCCGGUGGGCUCCUGCGCCACGCUGGUGACCGAGCGGAUCCUGCAGGGCCCGCCGGGCGUGCUGGACGGAACCACGGCGGCGCUGCUGCACGGCACCAUCCUGCUGGACUGCAUCAACCUGAGCCCGGCCGCGGGCAAGGUGACCCCCAGGGACGUGGCCUGCGUGGCCCUGCUGGAGGAGAGGUUCCCCGAGCUGCCGGCCCGCGACGCCGUGUUCGGAGCCCUGCAGGCGGCCAAGUUUGAUGUCACAGGGCUGAGCACGGAGCAGAUGCUGCGGAAGGACCUCAAAGUCAUCUCCAACGACGACGUGCUCGUUGCCAUCAGCGGCGUCUUCGAGGAUCUGGAAACCUUCCUGCUCCGGCCUGGCUUGCUGCAGGACCUGGAGGCUUUCUGCCAGAGCCGUGGCUACGCGGGGCUGGUGGCCAUGACCGUGUCCUUCAACGAGCGCCACGAGCCCACGCGCAAGCUGGCGGUUUACAGCCAGCAGGAGCCCCUGCGCAGCACGCUGUGCCGGGCACUGGAGGAGGCCACGGCGCCGGCGCUGCUGCUGCGGCCGCUGCCCGGCCGCUGGGCCAGCGUGGCCGCCUACGCCCAGGGCAACGCCGUGGCCACUCGCAAGAAGGUGCUGCCCAUCCUGCGGGCAGCGCUGGCGGGGCUGGGGGGCCCCGAGGAGGAGGCGGUGCCCCCGCCCACCCCCAUGAACAGCCUGGUGGACGAGUGUCCCCUGGCGCAGGCCGUGCCCCCGCUGUGUCCCCAGGAUGUGCUGGAGCGCGUCAGCCGCAUCGCCGGGGGGCAGCCCCCCGGCUCCCCCAAAUAGCAGCCAGUGCCCCCGGGCUGGCUGAGCUCUGCGUGAGAGCUGGGGUGCCUGGGUCUGGGGGAGGCUGCAGCCCAGCUCCCUCUGGCCCAGGGGUCACCAGGUGGGUUUUUGGGGAUACCCCCUUAAUGAAGGCGUUGGGGUGGGGGAGUUAACGAGUUGUGAUGAUCUUCCCUCCUUGGGGGGCAGUGGGGGGCCCCAGCAGGUGGGUCUGCACGUGCAGCCGUCCACGAUUGUCGCUGUUUUCCAAGGAUUAAAUUUCCCUUUUCUUCCAGUUU